GCUCCGGCGCGCUAUAUGUACGGCUGUGCGCCUCUCCGGGAUCAGGGGGAAACGCUCAAGAGAGGCGAGAAGCAACAACAGCCAGAGCAGAGACUUGGACAUUACACACCGCCUAGCCUACUACUACAGCGGACCCAGCCGGACUCCAUACACACUUUAUUCCAGCAGCAUAGAGGAGUGGAAAAGUUUGGAGAAAUGCAGUCAGUGUACCGGCACCUGAUCAGCCUGCUGUUUGUCUUCAGCAGCCUGCAGGUUAUCCAGCUGACGGAGGGCUGCUCGUGCGCUCUGACGCACCCGCAAGACGCCUUCUGCAACUCCGACAUAGUGAUUCGAGCUAAAGUCGUGGGCAAGAAGCUCCUGAGAGAUGGACCUUUUGGAACGAUGCGCUACACAGUCAAGCAAAUGAAGAUGUACAAAGGAUUCGACAAAGUCCAGCACGUGCAGCACAUUUACACGGACGCUUCAGAGAGUUUGUGUGGUGUGAAGUUUGACAUCAACAAGUACCAGUUCCUGAUCACAGGUCGAGUGUACGAUGGCAAGGUCUACACGGGGCUGUGCAACUUCAACGAGCGGUGGGAGCGCCUCUCAUUGGCCCAGAAGAAAGGCAUCAACCAUCGCUACCAGCUGGGCUGCAACUGCAGGAUUAAGCCCUGCCACUACCUGCCAUGCUUUGUGACCUCAAAGAACGAGUGCUUAUGGACGGACAUGCUGUCCCACUUCGGCUAUCCCGGCUACCAGUCCCGGCACUACGCCUGCAUCCAGCAGAAGGAGGGCUACUGCAGCUGGUACCGGGGCAUGGCCGCACGCGACAAAACCACCAUCAACGCCACCGACCCUUGAACCUCAAAUGCACCCUGCCCCAAAUCCACUGCCGCCUCCCUGACUCCGUCCUAUCCCGAUAUAUCUUCUAGAGUAUUACAGGACUCUAAGCUCUCUGGCCUGGGUAUCAGCCUCUUUAAAAGGGGCAAAAUAGAGAAAAGAAAAAAUCCAUUACAGUGCCUGUUUCGUAGAACUUCUGAUUUAAAACAAUACCUUUUUUGUUGUGCAGAUCGCCCUGUUUAACUUUCAUUUUCCCACAAAUCCUUGCACCAAAACCUUCUAUUCAGGGUUCAGUGGUGAAAAGAGAGACAUUAAUAAGGCCAAUAAGAAGUGUAAGACCUUGAUAAACCACUAUUGGAUCUUCAGAAUUAAAAACUAACUGACCUGUACAUACCAUUGGUGGUAAUUAGCAAGCUGCAGUUACCCUACUGCUAACCUAGUAUUAUGGUCAUUUUGUGCAUUGAGGCAGUUUCUUUUGAAAAGCAAGGACUGAAUGUCAAAUCAAUGAAAAACCAACAGCCAAUGAUCACUAUGUACAUACAUAUAAAGAUGUCACAUUGCUACACUUGCUAGCAUUACAUCACAAACUUCUGCAGUUCCUACACAUCGACAAUACAGAUGGAGUGCCAAUGUGAGGUUUGAGCUCUUAUAUUACACCUCUCAUAAGUUAAUAUCCCUUAUAUAUUUUUUGAAAAUGGUAUUGUUUUACAGUGAAGUAUACAUUGAUUAUCUUCACAGUUUUUACUGUUACAUGUGUCUUUAUGGCUUGUAGUAUCUCUGCUUACCUGAAUGUUUGCAAUGUAACUCAUUUCACAGUUAUAUCACAAACAAAGUCCUUUCUGUUGAGCACUGUUGAAUAUCAGAGAAAUGCUAGAAAUGUCUGUGUUACAGUGCCAACGCAGGGACGAGCUCACUUCUUGCAGAGAUGGUGAUAUUUUAUUUUUUGCUGUAUAUAACAUAAGCUACAGAAAUGAACUAUCAACUUAGCUGAAACCUCUGUAAUACAUUUAUUUAUAUGUUUAUUGGAUGACACAGUAACUGUCGUAUCAUCUGCACACACACACAAAAAAGAACUAAAUAUAUAAUAACAGGUCAAAACUACAUUGCGACAACCAUCACAGCCGGUGCAACCUUCCAGAGUGAAGGACCAGCGUCUCCAGUGGUAUGGUACUUCUGGUACUUCUGUAUGUUAGUUUGAUCAUAGUUCCCCUGACUGGUACUCUACACCAAUCCAAUGAAAGUCAAGUAUAAGAAGAGGUUUCAGACAUUGAGCUAUUUUGUAAGUGUAUAUUCAAACGUUUUUUUAUUUAACUAUUUCAAAUGAAAGUAACAAUAUUGUCACUAAAUUUAGUUUUCUUCACCUGUUCCUAUCUAGUUUUUUUUUUUAAUUUUCUUUCACAGUGCCAUACCUUCAGUCCAUUCCAUGAACAGACACAGACUAAGAAAAUAUCACAUCGCUAAUGAACUGUGGCUUUGACCAAGUUGGUUGUUUUUAGUUUGACAUAUUGGGAACUAUGCUUAUUUGCUUUCUCGCCUGAAGCUAGAUGAGCCAGUUAACUUAACUUACAGUCCGGGACUAUUUGCUAAGAUACUAACUUGUCAAUGUAGCUUUUAUAUUUAACAGACGCACACGAGAAUGAGAAUUUGCGUCUAUCAGCAAGAAAGUGAAUACGCUUUUUUCCCCAAAAUGUAAAGCUUUUUUUCUCAUUCAUUCAUCUCAUUCCAAAAUAACAAACGUGCCGAUUUCCCUCUGUUUUCUUCAUGUGAAAACAGCAUUUAAACCACCUCUGGACACUAAAGCUAAAGUAUGAUAAAAUCAGUGGAGGAAGACAGGGAUACUCAACAAAAGGCCAAUAUUUGUCCGAUAAAUGUAACUAAAUUACAAUAAAAAUUAUUUAAUUUAAGUAGUGUUUGUCUACCAUGUUUAAUUUUGCACCACAAGUACUCAGCAAGUCAUAGCCUGUCGGCCUCCUCUUGAUAAUACAUAUUUGGCUCUAGUAUGCAACAUACAGUCACGAUUAAGUAUCAUUUAGUUUUGUAAAAGGUUACAAAAACGUUAAUAUUUAAUGACAUUCGAGGGAAAAUACAUUAUGUAAAGCAAACAAAUAUACGCCAGUAGAGGUUUAUUUUGUACAAAACGUGUCCUUUCUGUCUUUAUACAUGUUGACGAGGCUCUUUCACCAGCUGUGGCGUUUCUGUCUUACUAUUUCUGUGGUUCAUGUUUGUGUAAAUAUAUUGUCUUGUUAACACAGAAACACUUGGUCAAG